AUGCCUCCACGCGGCUUUCAAAACCCAGCUCCCAAAACCGAAUCCGCGCGCGAGGCGGCGAAAUCGUUCUACUGCGAGCUCUGCACCAAAGGCUACUCGCGCAUGCCCGACUAUGAAGCCCACCUCUCCUCUUACGACCAUGCCCAUAAGCAGCGCCUACGAGACAUGAAGCAACUAACGCGUGACCCUAUGGCGUCUACGAAAGCUCGAAAGGCAGAGGCGAAAGCGAAUGCUGGAAGUGGCCUUAUUAGUAUAAAGUUAGGUGGGGAUAAUGCAGCUGGUGCGCCUAAGAAAGGGGGAUUCAAGAAGUCUGGGUUUAAGAGCGCGUUUACACCUGCUGAACCAGAGGAGCAGAAGAGCGAAGCCGAGGUCGUGAAGGGAGAGGAGGUGGUCACGAAGGAAGUCAAGACCGUGAGGGAUGUGAUGGAGGAAAGUGAUACGGAUGACGAGGACUAUCAGCACUACGACCCUAGAUUCCCAACGGAUUGA